UCCAGAGCGCCGCCGCACGCCGGGCCAGCCGAGCCGAGCCGCAGCAGAGCGGGCUGCACGGUAACGGGCGCGGCUCCGGCGCGGCGGGGCAAGGCUCGGCGGAGGGCAGGCUCCGGCCUCGGGCCGCUCUCGCCCGGCCCCGGCGGCGGCCCCUGCCCACCCUGCAUCAUGCCGCGGCGGCGCGGCUGUUUGCCGCCCCUGCUCUGCACUUUAGCUGCCCUCAGCCUGCCGCUGCUGCUGGCCGCCGAGCCCCGCGCCAAAAGUUGCUCCGAAGUGCGGAGGCACUACGCCGCCAAGGGCUUCAGCCAGAGCGAGGCGCCCAGCUACGAGAUCAACGGUGACCACUUGAAAGUCUGCUCACAAGGCUACACAUGCUGCUCUCAAGAAAUGGAGGAGAAGUACAGUCAGCAGAGUAAACAUGACUUCAGGAACGCCGUCGUGGAGCUCAGCAAUCACCUUCAAACCACCUUCAGUUCCCGCUACAAGAAGUUUGAUGAGUUCUUCAGGGAGCUGCUGGAGAACGCCGAGAAGUCCCUGAACGACAUGUUUGUGCGCACCUACGGCCGCCUCUACAUGCAGAACUCGGAGCUCUUCAAGGACUUCUUCGCCGAGCUGAAGCGCUACUACGUGGGCGGCAACGUCAACCUGGAGGAGAUGCUGAACGAGUUCUGGGCGCGCCUGCUGGAGCGCAUGUUCCGCCUGGUCAACCCCCAGUACCACUUCAGCGACGACUACCUGGAGUGCGUCAGCAAGUACACGGAGCAGCUGAAGCCCUUCGGGGACGUGCCGCGCAAGCUGAAGCUCCAAGUGACGCGAGCCUUCGUGGCCGCCCGCACCUUCGCCCAGGGCCUGGCCGUGGCCAGGGACGUCGUCAGCAAAGUGUCUGCGGUGAACCCCACGCCGCAGGGCACGCAGGCGCUGCUGAAGAUGAUGUACUGCCCGCACUGCCGAGGGCUGCUCUCGGUGAAGCCCUGCUACAACUACUGCUUCAACGUCAUGAGAGGCUGCUUGGCCAACCAGGGGGACUUGGAUGCCGAGUGGAAUAUCUUUAUGGAUUCGCUGCUGCUGGUAGCAGAGAGGCUGGAGGGGCCAUUCAACAUCGAGUUAGUGAUGGAGCCAAUUGAUGUGAAGAUUUCAGAUGCAAUCAUGAACAUGCAGGAGAACAGCAUGCAGGUGUCUCAGAAGGUUUUCCAGGGAUGUGGCCAGCCAAAGACUCUUGCCCAGGGCCGCAGCGCUCGCUCCAUCGGCAAUAACGGUUUGACCACUCGUUACGGAACUGCCAGCUUGGAGGAGAGGCCAACCACAGCUGCUGGCACCAGUCUGGACCGGCUGGUUAUUGAUGUGAAAGAGAAGCUGAAACAAGCCAAAAAAUUUUGGUCAUCUCUCCCUGGCAACAUUUGCAACGAUGAAAAGAUGUCUGUGGGCAGUGUCAAUGAGAACGAGUGCUGGAACGGGAGCGCCAAGAGCAGGUACGACUUUGCAGUGACUGGAAAUGGCUUAGCAAACCAAGUGAAUAACCCCGAGGUAGAAGUUGACAUCACCAAGCCAGACAUGGUGAUCCGCCGGCAAAUCAUGGCGCUGCGGGUGAUGACCAACAAGCUGAAGAACGCCUACAGCGGCAACGACGUCGACUUCAUCGACAUAAGUGAGGAGAGCAGCGGGGAGGAGAGCGGCAGCGGCUGCGAGCUGCAGCAGUGCUCCCCUGAGUUCGAGUUCAACGCCACCGAGGUCAGUGGCAGCUCCAGCAAGAGCGACAAAGCCGCCGACACCUCCUCCUCCUCCUCCUCCUCCUCCUCCUCGUCCGCCUCCACCACCACCAGCGGCUCCUCGCUCCUCUUCAGCCUUUUCUUCUUGGCCCUGCAGAGACUAUGGAGAUAAUUGUGCAGCGUAGGCACGAGGGGAGAGGGAGAAAAGAGAGAAACCAAGAAGCAAAGAAGACUUUUUUUUAUCCUUCCAAGUUAGAAGGCAACCCCUGCUUUCACUUUUCUACCACCUAGGGACUGUGCUUUUUAAGUUAAUGGACAACAGUGUACAGUUUUUACUAUGUUGCCACUGGGUUUUAAAGUACUGAGUUGUUAUUUGGGGGAUUUGUUGUGUUGGGGAUGGGUUGUUUUAUUUUUUUUUGGUUUGGGGUGGGGUUUUUUCCCUCUCCUCCUCCCCCUCCCCACCUUUCUCCCCUGGUUUUUCUUAUUCCCUGGGAAUAACAACAGGAAUGAGGACUGCUACUGGUCUGUCCCGUUCCCCAAGAGCCCAUGGUAGAGGUGGAGAACAAAACAAUGUAUAUACGAGCCUGUAGUUAGCUCUGCCUUUGUGUCCUGAUCACUUUGGGUUUGCUUUUUUUCCUUCCUUUUUGCUUUCUUUCACUGUUUUUUUUUCCCUACAAAAACACCAGCAAACCACCUCCCCCCCCAGCCCCUACCCCAACCCACUUCACCCCACCCUACCCCAACCAGCAACUCAAAGUCUCCUCUUGACCUGUCACAAGUGUUUCUGAGGUGAGAAGUUAUCUGUACAGAA